AUGGACAAUGAGUCACAAUACUCGGGAUAUUCCUACAAGUCCGGGCAUUCCCGCAGCUCCCGCAAGCACAGGGAUCGGCGGGACCGGCAUCGCUCAAAAAGCCGGGACGGGAGCCGCGGGGACAAGUCGGUGACCAUCCAAGCACCAGGCGAGCCCUUGUUGGACAAUGAGUCGACCCGGGGGGAUGAGAGGGAUGACAACUGGGGCGAGACCACCACGGUGGUGACGGGGACGUCGGAGCACAGCAUCUCGCACGAUGACAUCACCCGCAUCACCAAGGACAUGGAGGACAGCGCCCACCUGGACUGCUCCCGGCACCUGGGCGUCUCGCUGGCCGGGGCGCUGGCACUGCUUGCCUUCCUCACACCCCUCGCCUUCAUGCUCCUACCCCAGCUGCUGUGGCGGGAGGAGCUGGAGCCCUGCGGGACACCCUGCGAGGGGCUCUUCAUCUCCGUGGCCUUCAAACUCCUCAUCCUCCUGCUGGGCAGCUGGGCUCUCUUCUUCCGUCGCCCCAAAGCCUUCUUCCCUCGCAUCUUUGUCUUCCGAGCAUUGCUAAUGGUGCUUGUCUUCCUCCUCGUCGUCUCCUACUGGCUUUUCUAUGGUGUACGGAUCCUGGACUCACGGGACCGCAACUACCAGGGGGUGGUACAGUACGCCGUCUCGCUGGUGGAUGCCUUGCUCUUCGUGCACUACCUGGCCGUGGUGCUGCUGGAGCUGCGCCAGCUCCAGCCCCAGUUCACCCUCAAAGCCGUCCGCUCUGCUGACGGAGCCAGUCGUUUCUACAACGUUGGCCAUCUCAGCAUCCAGCGAGCAGCCGUGUGGAUCCUGGAGAACUAUUACCACGAUUUCCCGGUCUACAACCCUGCCCUCCUCAACCUGCCAAAAUCCGUCCUGUCCAAGAAAAUGUCUGGGUUUAAAGUCUAUUCACUCGGCGAGGAAAACACAACGAACAACUCCACAGGCCAGUCCCGGGCUGUCAUUGCGGCAGCUGCCCGGAGGCGCGACAACAGCCACAACGAGUAUUACUAUGAGGAGGCAGAGCAUGAGCGCAGGGUGCGGAAACGCCGAGCCAGGCUGGUGGUGGCGGUGGAAGAAGCCUUUACCCACAUCAAGCGGCUGCAGGAGGAAGACCAGAAGAACCCACGGGAGAUCAUGGACCCACGGGAGGCGGCUCAGGCCAUCUUUGCCUCCAUGGCCCGGGCCAUGCAGAAGUACCUGCGCACCACGAAGCAGCAGCCCUACCACACCAUGGAGAGCAUCCUGCAGCACCUUGAGUUCUGCAUCACCCAUGAUAUGACGCCCAAGGCAUUCCUUGAGCGUUACCUGAUGGCCGGGCCCACCAUCCAGUACCACAAGGACCGCUGGCUGGCCAAGCAGUGGACGCUGGUCAGCGAGGAGCCGGUGACGAAUGGCCUGAAAGAUGGGGUGGUCUUUGUGCUGAAGCGCCAGGACUUCAGCCUCGUGGUGAGCACCAAGAAGAUCCCUUUCUUCAAGCUCUCAGAGGAGUUCGUGGACCCCAAGUCACACAAGUUCGUCAUGAGGCUGCAGUCGGAGACCUCCGUGUGA